ACCACCAAAAUUGAAUGAUUAACGCUUAGGCAGCUCCGGGGAUAAAGAUUGAAGAAGAUGAGCGUGGAUCAAGGUGUUAGUAAUAACAAGGUCGUCGACGAAGAUGUUCUGCUUCCGGGAUUUCGAUUUCAUCCUACCGAUGAAGAGCUCCUAGUGUUUUAUCUUCGCCGGAAAGUUGACAAGAAACCCCUCAGAAUCGAGCUGAUCAAACAGAUUGAUAUUUACAAGUUUGAUCCAUGGGAUCUCCCAAAAACUACCAUGGUGGGUGGUGGCGGCUGCGGCGGUGGAGAGACGGUAUCAUAUUUCUUCUGCAAACGAGGAAGGAAAUACAGAAACAGCGUGAGACCAAACAGGGUCACAGGGUCUGGUUUUUGGAAAGCAACCGGCAUCGACAAGCCUGUUUAUGCACAAACUUCGUCACCAGGUCAAGGCCAUGCCUGCAUUGGCCUAAAAAAAACCUUAGUGUAUUACCGCGGUGCCGCCAGCAAAGGGACCAAAACCGAUUGGAUGAUGCACGAGUUUCGACUUCCUACCGAUGAUAAUAGUAAUGUCGUCGUCGGCUUUUCGAGCCCGAAAAUCGUAGCACAAGAAGCUGAAGUAUGGACCAUAUGUCGAAUUUUCAAGCGAAAUUCGUCGCUCAGAAAAAUCAGACCAGAUUGGAGACAACUCGAAGCAAAAAAGGGUUCAAAUGCCACACAAAUUAGCUCUCAAACAUGCAGUGUUGUUUCGAACAGCCAUGGGAACUACAUUAGCUUCGGUUCUCCAAUGGAAGAAGAUUACCAUGUCAUCAAUGGAAGAAGCCAAUGGCAGAUUGCAGACAAAAUGAGUGCAGUAGCUCAAAUACCUUCAUCAAUGGCGUCGUCUUCGAACUUUUCGAUAUGUACCGAAAAUGAUUUCUUCACUGAUGCUAAUUGGGAUGAGCUGAAAUCGGUUGUGGAGUAUGCUCUCGAGCCCUUUCCUAUGUAAAUGAUGGUUUUAUAGGGUUAAUUAGUUGCUAAUUCCAUGAUUAUUGAAUUUCUAUAAGACAUGGAGUAGCCCAGUUUGACUUAUUAGGAGUUGGA